AUGCCAUAUGUUUUCUGGACUCAAUGGCCCUUGAAUAUGCCCGGCAGAAGUGACACAGACCUACCGCAAGUUUCAGAGAACCAACCCACUCCACGUGCACCGAUCGUCCACAACUCCUUGACUCUGGAUCAAUAUUACUAUGUGUCACUGAAGGACACUGCCAAGCGAGAUCGAGAUCAGGUCCUGUGGCGCUUCAUGGAAGUUGAAAAGCAGAGACUGAGAUUGGAGGAAGAACGGAAACUAUCUGGUUACAAGCGCGAGGCCACGUCAAGAGUGGAACGGCAUUACAACGAGGCACAAGCAGAGGCAAUGGAGCUCAAAAUCGAGAAGGUUGUCGGCUCAACUCAAAUCCUCAUCGUCAACCAGCUAUGGCUUUGGAUCCUAGACGAAAAAACCAUCAUUACCAGCACAACAAAAGAGCCCGAAGGGAUCGAGUCCAGUUUCUUCCAGCGUGUUCUUACCACCCUUCGCGCACAAGAAAGGAGUUCAUGGCUGUCUGUGGAAUAUGUCACGGAGCUGAUUCUCAGCACCGCGACGGGGAUGUUCAACAAAAAAGAGAUCAAAUUUCUCGAUCUCAAGAAGUCCCCUCUCGAUGUCUACCGUGAAUCUAUUUUGAACGUGUCCUUAAAGUCCGCCAACCCAUCAGAUUCCAGAUCCAGAAGCCUAUCACGAGCAGAUACCACAGCUGCGAAGACCACUUCUUAUGCGAAGUGGGAUUCCCUAGGCGGGCGAAACGGAACAUUGCAGGCAAAGAUCCGCCGUGCCCAGCUGACUCAGGACCUCGAAAAGGAGCCUCGGAUCAUGCAGACCGAGGACAAGACCGAGGAGAAGCCGCCGAAGCAAGAACUUGGAGGAUCAAUCUGGGAGCAGCUCAAAAAUUGGUGGAAUCGGAAAGACACCGACUCUCAGAAAGAUUCAAAUCCAUACCAUGACAUUGCCCGCGAAGCCGAGCUUCUUCGGGAAGUCAAAGAUAUCAGUGAUGAGCUCAACAUGCUGAAGAACCUGGCGGAGGAUCAGGAGGGGGUCUGGAAACAAUUUUGGGUCCCAGGUACCACGCCACGCACGACCUACACGUACGACACGCCCUCUGAGAUCAAGGGAGAGAUUGAAGAAAUGAUCAAAGAGGCCGAGUUUGUACAGCAGGCCAUUGACACUCUGCUCGACUUGAAGCAGAAACAGGCCAACAUCACCGAAGCUCAAUAUUCGAGGAAGCAGAGUGACGACACUGCGACCCAGAGUGACACUGUCAUGGUCUUCACUGUUGUCACGAUUUUGUUUGUAAGUUGUUCUGAUGACUGCGCUAUUACAUGA